AUGAGCAAUUCAUUAGAAGAACGUCUACGAUCAAAUUCUAAUGCCUUUGAUGGUCUGCUUUGCUUGAUUCCAGCUAAGUAUUAUUACGAUGAUGCUACCAAAGAUCAAUGGAAGGCAAAGAAGAAGUCCAAAGAGCAGCAGAGAUCUGACAAGAUGAGCAAGUUGAACCCAGAUGAUGAAUCAACUGACGAUAAGUUGACUGCUCUUCAAGUGCUGGAAAAGAAACAGAAAUCUGCUAAACCUGUUGUUUUACCAGGUGAAAAGUUUAAGAAAAUAAAAGAGCAACAAGAAGCUAAGAAGACACAACAAAAGCAAGGAAACGUAAACUCAAAUGCGGAUGAUGAUGAAGAAGAGGAAGAAGAAGAGGUAAAUGUGAUAUUUGAUGAUGAUGGAAAUGAAGUCAAAGAUUCAGAUGCAAGCAUAUCAGAUUCAACUGAAUCUAAUGAAGCUGAAACUGCUGAGAUGGAAACCCCAGUUGAAAAUGUCAAGAAACCAGAACCUACAAAUUCAAAGAAAGAAAAGAAAGCAGUGGGUGAAAACGAUAAAUUAAAGAAGCAGAAAAACUUGGAUAAUUUACGUUCUAUCCUUCAAUCAAGAAUUCAACAAAUGAGAGAAAAGAGAAAAGCUCCAGGUACUAGAGUUGACGGUGCCCCAAGUUCAAGAGAAGCUAUCUUAGAACAAAGAAAACACAAAGCUACUUUGAGAAAAGAGAAAAAGGAGAUAGAAAAUACUAACAAAAGUGAUUCUGAAGAUGAUGAUGAUGAAGAAGAUCUUGAUGAUAUCAAUGACGAUAUUGAUGAUGAUAUCACUUCCCAAAGUUCCAAAAAACGUAAAAUGAAUGAUCAUUUGGCAAAGGAUAUCAUGUUCCAAAAUAUCGAAUUCGAUGAUGGUGACAGAGCAACUUCUGAUUUACAACGUAUAAGGAAGGCCCCAAAGAAUUCAGGUCCUGCCAAGAACGAUAUAAAAGCACAUCUAAAGUUAUUAGAAGCCAAGAAGAAUAAAUUGGAGUCUAAAGAUGAACUUGAACAGAUAAAACUGAAAGAAAAAGAAAAAUGGCAAAAAACAAUGUUACUAGCAGAAGGUGUUAAAUUAAAGAAUGAUGAGAAAUUAUUACGAAAGGCAUUGAAGAGAAAGGAAACUAAGAAAAGAAAGUCUGCUAUAGAGUGGAAAGAACGUCAAAGAGCUGUAUCUGCUACUAUCUCAGAAAGACAAAAGAGAAGAGAAGAAAACUUACAAAUUAGAAAAGACAACAAAGGUAAGAAGAGAUCUAAACAACAAAAGAUGAAACGUAAAUAUACUGGUACAGUAGCCGCCAAAUUACCAAAGAAGCAAAAAAGAGCCGGUUUUGAAGGGCAAAUAAAAUCUGGCAUAAAGAAAUAG